AUGGUAAGUAUUCAGCCUUUCAAGUUCGAAGAUUUAUGGGAAGUCAAUAGGAUAAAUAUCGAUGACUGGACAGAGACAUUCAGCACAUCAUUUUAUUUAUACUAUAUGAAUAAAGCUCCUUCAAUGAACUGGAUGAUAUCAAAUAAUUCAGAAGAAAAAGUCGGAUACAUUAUUGGUUCAAUCAAACGUCAUGAUAACGUAUGUCGUACACACGUUAUUGCAGUGACGGUCGCUGAAGAUGCUCGAAGAUUAGGACUUGCAACUUCAUUGAUGAACAUUGUUGAGACAACAUGUGAAAAUCAGUAUAAAGGUUUGUGUGUUGGAUUGUAUGUUAGACCUACAAACUAUAAUGCUCACGAACUUUAUAAGAAGAUGGGAUACAUCUUAUACAGACGAAUUAUUAAAUACUACGAAACUAUCGGAGAAGAUGGUUGGGAUAUGCGCAAGUCGCUUAAAUGGGAUAAAGACAAAGUUUUCAUGAAGCCAAUAGAAAAUCCUGUGACAAGCGAAGAAGCAGAGUCUGAUGAUGACGAUGAUUAA